AUUAUUUUCGAGUCAGAGUUCACUGACGGCCCUAUAGUAAUAAAAAAAUUAGGUGUUGUCAAUGUGGUGGUAAUUUGUGGAGUUGUUUAUUAUUUCAGAAAUAAUAAAAUACAGGAAAAACUGUAUUAAAUCAUUUUAUUUUACCAAACACAUAUCACAUUCCAUUAGAAUACAUUAUAACCGCUUUAGGUUUUAGCCCAUUUCUUUCGUCGCCUCCGACUCCGAAGGUGCUUGGACUAGAGCGUGAUGGAGGCUAUGGAUAUUCAGGCGGUGGAGUCGAAGCUGAGCGAUGUGACGGUUACGGCGAUACCGAUGAGCGGUAAGAACGUGCACAAAGACUUGGGUCACGGCGGGAGCAGCCAUGCUACCAUAUCUACGGUGCCGGCGGCGUCGCCAUCUUCCAUAGGGAAGGAUAAGGAUAACGGGACUUCGAAGUACAUGGCGUCUUGGAGCACCAAAUGGCGGUGGAACACGGGCUACAGUGCGGACUCCGUCGAGUGGUGCCCCGUGGAGCCCUACCGCGAUGUGCUAGUGUGCGGCACUUACCAACUCGAGAAAGAAGACGAAGAUCAGCAAACGAAAAAACAAACAAGACUUGGCAGGAUCUACCUCUUCCAAAUCAACCAAGACACAGUCGAUUUGUGUCCUGUCCAAUCAGUCGACACCGCCGGCAUACUAGACCAAAAAUGGUGCUAUCAUACCAUUCAAGACCACCCGGUGCUCGCAGUUGUAACCUCCGAAGGAUCACUUCAGCUAUACCAACUGUAUGAAAACGAUGGUUACAAUUUAAAGCUAUGGCUCGAAGAUUCGAUUGGUCAAGACGUUUUAGCGCUGUCUCUUGAUUGGUCGACGAACAAGGAAUCGGGCGAGCCAUUGAUUGUUGUGAGUGGUUCUGCAGGUGAUGUGACUGUUUUUAAGAUUGUUGGAAGCGGUUUGAUGAGGGUUCGGACGUGGAAGAGUCACGGUUUUGAGGCGUGGAUAGCUGCAUUCAAUUAUUGGAGCCCUGACGUGUUGUAUUCGGGUGGAGAUGAUUGUGUAUUCAAAAGCUACGACAUCAGGGUUCCUGACGCGGCAGUAAUGACGAACCGCAGCCACGAAGCAGGUGUUACCUCCAUCAGGAGUCAACUAGACGUUGAACAUCAACUAAUCACGGGCAGUUACGACGAAAAAGUCCGUCUCUGGGACACCAGGAGCCUAAAGCGCUGCUUGACCGAGACCGCAGUGAACGGCGGUGUUUGGAGACUCAAGUAUCAUCCCAGCAGUCCUACAAAUGUGCUAGCGGCCUGCAUGUAUGGGGGCUUCAGAGUUCUAGGUGUGACAGACUCCAUCUCCGUUUUGUGUGAAUACAUGGAACAUGAGAGCAUAGCGUACGGAGCAGACUGGAAGUUUGACAAAUCUAGAACAGUGGCCACUUGUUCUUUCUAUGAUUGCAGCAUGCAUGUAGGCAAGGUUGAUAUUGAGAACUGAUUUUUAAUACUGGCUUUCGCUUUUUAGGGUUAUUCCCACUAGUUACCUGUGGUAACAAAUUAACAAUUUUUGGUGUGAACAUUGAACUGGGAAUAAAAAAUUCUACUAGUUAUCACCAAGUGAGUUGGUGGUAACUACUGGGAUUGUUUUUCUCAGAUGUUACCGCUGGGGAUAGGUGGGAAAAAAUCCCAGUUGUUAUGUACCACUAGUAACAAACUUGGUGGUAACUAGUGGACAUAGUCCGCUGUUUAGGGUUCCGUCACUAGUCUUACUUUGAGUCAUGUCAGUAAUAA